AUGCGCGCAUUCACGUCUUUCGUCCUUGCUGCUCUUGCUGCCGCACCGGCGUUGGCUGCUCCCCUCGCGCCCAUCGAGACCGGCUUCACAGCUCCUCGCAUCGGCGUCCCCAUCCAGUCCCUUCAAGCUCGCCAAGGUGGCCCGGUCCAGAACUUGCAAUCCCCAUCCACCGACGCCUCCGCAUCGGCGACUGCGCCCGCUUCCACAGCCUCUGCGAACGCAUUCAACAUCCGCCCAGGCUUCGGUCCCGGCCCCGUCAUCCUUCCCCGUGAACCCUUGCGCCCCGUGUCCUUCAUCCCAGUCUCGGCGCUUCAGGGUGCGCAGGGCAAGCGACAGCUCAACCGUGGCUCUUUCAUCAAGCCCAUUGACGGCCCGAUCGGACAAGGUCCCGUUGUGAGGCGUCAACUUCAGGGUGACAGGCCUGCAUCGGGAGACGUCUUCGUUAACCCGCUUCGCCCUAUCGGCGGCCCUGUUGCUCUGAACCAGCGCCAGGAGGCCACGACUGGUGAAGCGUCAACCGUGGCUUCCGGCGAGACUGCUACGGAGACCGCCGCUGGCUCUGCGACAGCUACUGAGGCUGCUGGCGCCGCCUCUGCGACGGCUACGGAUGGUGUAGUACCUGCGACUGGUACUGAGGCUGCCGGUGGAGCAACUGCUACUGAGGCAGCUGGUGGUGCUGAGGCUACUGGAUCGGCGACCGCUCCCGCAACCGGCACAGAGUCUGCUGGUGGUGCCGAAGCUUCUGGCGCGACCACCGCGUCUGAAGCUGGUGCAUCUGGUGCUGCAAGCGCUACGGGCACGGCGGCCGGUGAGGCCCCCACUGCCAGCGGUGCUGCUCCUGCGGCCGGCGGCGAGGGAAGCGCACCGGAGGCUAGCGGUCGUCCCGGCCGCCCCUACGGCGGCAAGGGUCCCGGCCGUAUGUACGGCUUCAUGCCGGACGGGUCGGUUGUGGCUAUGGGCGAGGCGCCUGCAUGA